UAUUUUUUCUUUGAAUAAAAUGUUAAAUCCUUCUUUUCAUUUAUGCUUUCACAUUCACAUAAUAUUUCCCUUAUAAUCACAACAUAUCCAUACCAUCAUUCCAACCAACAUAAAUAAACUUGAUUACAGAGAGAUAAUACCACCAUAUUUCAAAGGACAACACCAAGAUCAAGAUCAGGAAAGGACAAAAGAUUUCUCACCAGGAGGGGAGAGGAAUGGGAAGAGCACCGUGUUGUGACAAGACGAACGUGAAGAAAGGUCCUUGGUCUCCAGAGGAAGAUGCAAAGCUCAAAUCAUACAUCGAAACGAGUGGUACAGGAGGAAAUUGGAUUGCUUUGCCUCAUAAGAUUGGUCUGAAGAGAUGUGGGAAGAGUUGUAGAUUGAGGUGGCUUAAUUAUCUGAGACCAAACAUCAAACAUGGUGGCUUCUCCGAGGAAGAAGAAAACAUCAUUUGUAACCUUUAUCUUACUAUUGGUAGCAGGUGGUCUAUAAUAGCUGCUCAAUUGCCGGGACGAACGGACAACGAUAUAAAGAACUAUUGGAACACGAGACUCAAGAAGAAGCUUAUAAUUAAGCAACGCAAGGAGCUUCAAGAAGGUUGUAUGGAGCAACAACAGAUGAUGGUGAUGAUGAAGAGACAACAAGAACAACAACAAAUCCAAACAACUUUCACGAUGAGACAAGACCAAACAAUUUUUACAUGGCCACUUCAGCAGCUACCUUAUCAUCAUCAUCAUGAUCGAGUACCAAAUCUUGUCAUGAACUCAUUAGGUGACCAGGAAGAUAUUAAGCCAGCGAUCAUCAAGAACAUGGCCAAGAUCGAAGAUCAAGAACUGGAGAGAACAAACGCUUUGGAUCACCUCUCCUUCUCUCAACUUUUAUUAGAUCAUAAUAAUAACUUAGGAGAAGGUCUCUCCAUGAACUCGAUCUUGAGUACCAACACCAGUAACAAUCAUCAAUGGUUCGGGAAUGUCCAUGACGAAGACAUCGAUUUGUUUUCAGGAGCAACAAGUACUUCGGCAGAUCAAGACACCAUAAGGUGGGAGGACAUAAGCUCUCUUGUUUAUCCUGAUUCAAAGUAAUGUUGUUAAUUAAUUAUUCCUAAGAUGAAACGUACAUCAAAAUUUUAAUCAGGGUAAACCAAGGGUAGGGUACAUGCAUGGAAUGAGAAGCGAGAUUCAAUCUA